CAUCUCAUCUGUCAAUGGUAGUCAACUCUGGCUACAGGCAAACUUUGGCAACUUCUCCAAAUUUGCAACCAUACAAGAGUUACAAGCUCUCAAUCCAAAUUUCUCCAGUGCCCAAGUCUUGUCGGAACUGGCCCCAUCCCAGGUGGCAGAGUUACUGCUGAGCUCAAACGUUUCAAAUGACACAGAACUUAUUGAUCGUAUCUAUGAUCGUCUUGAGGUCGGCAACACUCUGGAAAACGUGGAUGAAUUCCUCACUCAGCUUGCAGCUAAUGAACAG